AAUAUGCGGGUAACAUCACCAUAAUAUGAUGGCAUGUACAGUGAUUCAACAGUUCUAGUCAUGUUUCUUACGAAAUAACCUACAGCAGAAUUUUAUAAAACAAACUUUUGCAGAAAAAAGUGAUGCAAUGUAAAAGAUGCAUACUGACUGGCAAAACCUGUUUGCCAGGUGAUAUCAGAUAUGUGUACAUAUAGCAGCUGACAGUCUUAAAUUUUGUUCUAGAACAGAAGUAUCUCAUUUUUGAGCACAGCACAAUGUAUCCUUCACUGCUAACUCGAGGGUUACAUCGCUCCGGGAUGACAUGUUGCAGAAGUAGAAUGGUGUUCAGCAGUUUAAAAGAAGGAUUUAUUUUAAAACCUGUAGUUUGUUUAAGGGCAUCACUAUUUAAAAGAAAUUUCAUGUCCUCGAGGCCUAGACUGUCGAGAAAUGGUGAAAAAUCUAAGAAAAAUAAUGCUUCGAAAAGUGUCCCAAAAAUAUCUGAACUUAGAAGAUUAAUUAAAGCUGCUUAUCCAGAACGGUGGAAAAUAGCAGGAGCUGUUGGUUUUCUAGUGAUCUCAAGUUCUGUAACUCUAGCAGUACCGUUUUGUAUGGGAAAAGUCAUAGACAUUAUAAAUACAUCAGCAAAAGAUGGAACUAUAAUGGAGAAACUGACAUCAUUUUGUUCUGUCCUGUUGGUUAUAUUUUUGAUAGGGGGACUAGCAAAUUUCGGAAGAGUUUAUUUGAUGCAAAUAUCUGAGCAAAGAAUUGUCCUACAGAUACGAGAAAAAUUGUUUUCCUCCAUCAUGAAGCAAGAAAUUGGAUUUUUCGAUAAAAAUAAAACAGGGGAGAUAAUAAGUCGUCUAUCCUCUGAUGCCACAAUGAUAGGCAACUCUGUAACAUUUAACAUAUCAGAUGGUCUGAGAUCACUAGCUCAGGCUGGAGGGUCAAUAGGAAUGAUGUUGUAUGUAUCCCCAAAGCUUGCAAUGAUUGCCUUGGGUAUAGUACCACCUAUUGCUGUGAUGUCAAUUAUUUAUGGAAGGUAUGUCAGGAAAAUUACAAGAAAAGUACAAGAUUCCUUGGCUGGUGCUACCUCGGUUGCCGAGGAGAAGAUAAGCAAUAUCCGAACAGUGAGAUCUUUCACGAAGGAGGAUUUAGAGAUGGCGACAUACAAUAGUUCAUUACAGAAAGUUUUGAACUUGGCCUACAAACAGGCCCUGGCUGGCGCUGUUUUCUGGGGCUCUACUGGUUUAUCAGGAAAUGUGAUUGUAUUAUCUGUGUUCUAUGCUGGAGGAUAUAUGAUGAGCCAGUCUAUUUUGACCAUUGGAGAUUUGUCUGCAUUUCUGCUAUAUGCAGCAUAUGUUGGUGUAGCCAUGGGAGGCAUGACAUCAUUUUACUCUGAAUUAAUGAAAGGACUUGGUGCUUCUACAAGAAUUUGGGAAUUGACUGAUAGAACUCCACGGGUGCCUUUCUCAGGUGGUCUUGUGCCAGCAGCACCUGUUCAAGGUCAGAUAGAGUUUCGUGAUGUCAGUUUUAACUACCCAACCAGGGAAGAUGCAGUGGUUCUCUCAGGUUUGAACCUCAGCAUGCCUGCAGGUACUGUUACCGCUGUUGUGGGGUCCAGUGGCUCAGGGAAGUCCACCAUCGGUAGCCUACUUCUCAGAUUUUAUGAUCCUGAUACUGGUGCUUUAUUUUUGGAUGGGCAGGAUAUAAAGGAUAUUGACCCAGGGUGGCUGAGAAAUCAGAUUGGAGUGGUUAGUCAGGAACCAGCCUUAUUCUCAUGUUCAAUAGCAGAUAACAUUAAAUAUGGAGCCAGUGAUCCGGCCUCAGUCACCACUGAAAUGAUUGAAGAUGCUGCGCGACAGGCAAAUGCUUACAUGUUUAUAAAAAACUUCCCACAGCAAUUUGAUACACUAGUUGGAGAGAGGGGGCUAAUGUUGUCAGGAGGACAGAAACAAAGGAUAGCUUUAGCUAGAGCAAUCAUCAAGAAUCCAAGAAUUUUACUGCUUGAUGAGGCUACAAGUGCACUUGAUUCUGAGAGUGAAUACUAUGUGAAGGAAGCAUUGAACAGACUGAUGGUUGGUCGGACUGUGAUAACCAUAGCACAUAGACUAUCUACAAUCAAAACUGCUGAUCAAAUUGCAGUGCUGGACCAGGGGCGUGUUCUUGAACUUGGUACUUAUGAACAGCUCACUGCAGUUGAUGAUGGUAUUUUCAAAAAACUGGUAGAAAAGCAGACUAUAAUGUCUUGAUGUUGAGAAAGAUAAGACAAGAUAAGGGCAUUCUACAACUGCAUUUUGACUUGGAAAAUCAUUCCAUUAUUUUUAUUACUUGUGUCAAGAUUCAUUUAUGGUUGUAGUAUCAUGUUUGUUUACAUGACAGGUAGGGUGAGGUUGGAGUGAAAAACUUAAAUAUUUUUCCUACAGUCUUUCAGUUAUGUAAUGGCCAUUUAUUAACCUAACCAGCAUGCUAGAUUUUGUGUUGUUAAAUAAUUGACAACAUUCCCACUUGAGUCAGAGGUAGAAGGAUUUAGUUUAUUUAUCAAAUCAUCAUUUAGAACAGACAUCACCAGGGAAUCCAAGUCGCGACCUUUCCAUGCAUAAUUGUGUGCUGUACUUCAGAGUUGUCAUCCCUCAUAUGGGUUCUGAAACUAGGUCACCCGCUCAGAUCAAAGGAAAAGCUUGUUAACACUCUAGAGGCCAUAUUUAUGACCCUAUCUUCAUGAAACUUGGUAAGAAUGUUUAUCUUGAUGAUUCCUAGGCCAAGUUUAAAAGGUGAGCUAUAUAGGGUCAUCAUGACCCUCUUGUUUAAUCUUUAAUAUUAGUGUAUGUUAGGUUACUUUAAGAGUAAAAGAAGUAUAGAUACUUCAUUCUGCAGUAGUUAGCAGAUUUUAAUGCACUCGCCUUCCCCCCCCCCCCCCCCACACACACACUUCAAAGAAGAGAGGUUAUAUUGUUUUGCUCAUUGUCCUGCAAGUCAGUCAGUCUGUCAGUAGACCAUUUGGUGUCCGAUCAAUAACUAGAGAAUGCUUGGUCCUACAGUGGUCGUACUUCAUAGGAUAAUUGCCUUUGGUCAUUAGUUGACCUUAUAUGGGUCAUUGUGGCACAGGUCAUGGUUACAAAGACCUUGAGACUGAAAACAGUUUCCCCUCAAUAACUAUAGAAAGCUUUGGUCUACAAUCAUAGAACAUCACCUGAUGGUUGCCUGUGGUCUGUAGAUUAUUCCUAUUUUUGGGGUGAGUAGGUCACGGUCACAGUGACAUCUAGAUUGAAAAUGGUUUCUGUUAAAUAGCUAGAGAAUGCUUGGAUCAACAAGGUCAAGACUUCAUAGGAUCAUUGCCCGUUGUCAGUAGAUAACCCCUUUUCCUAUUUUUGAUCAGUAAGUCAAAGGUCAAGAUAACUGACCUAUAGACUGAAAAAGGUUUCUACUCAGUGACUAUAGAAUGCUUGGUCCUACAAUGGUCCAACUUAAUAGAAUGAUUGCCUGUGGCCAGUAGAUAACCCCUAACUUUUUGAAGUCAGUAGGUCAAAGGUCAAGGUCAGUGUUACCUCUAUACUGAAAAUGUUGUCCACUUAAUAACUCAAGAAAAUUUGUACGUACUGAUUUUUAUGCCCUUGAUAUAUAUUGUUUCGCUCAUUGUAGGUUGGUCUUUCAGUCAGUAGACCAAUUCAGUUGAUGUCCAGUCAGUAGCUAGAGAAUAUUUGGCCUCACAAUGUUCAAACUUGUGAUUCCCUGUGGCCAGUAGAUGAUCCCUAUUGUUUUGGGGCUAGUAUGGUAAAUGGUCAUGAUCACAGUGACAUUGAGACUGAAAAUGGUUUCUUUUCAAAAACCAAAGAAUGUUUUGGCCUACACUCCUCAAACUUCAUUAUGAUCGGAUGAUUACCUGUGGUUAAUACAUGAACCCUCAUGAUUUUUGGGGCAGUAGACCAAAGGUAAAGGUCAAGGUGGCCACAAGACUGAAAAUAGUUUAAUUAUUAUAGUUAAUUAUGAUCUAUGAAAAUAAUUGCCAUAAAAUUUACCUUAGAAUGAACAUAUAUAGCAUAAAUAUUCCUUGAAUAGAGAAAAUCAAAUUAUUUGUCUUUCAUUUCUACAUUUGUACAUGUAUCAGUUGCUUUCUUGUAUGACUUAUCUGUCAUUAUAGUUCAUGGGUAACGAUAAAUUUUAUUUUAGUUACAACUAAAUUAUUUAUGUGCGUUAAUUUUGCAAAAGCCAGACAUAUUUCCACAAAGCAAAAUUAACAGUUUGUACAGUUUGCAAAUUACUGCCAAAUUGUUCCUUGCAAUAUGACAACAUUUUGUUUUAUGUGUACAAAUUUAUGAUAUAGUCUUGCUGAACCAUAAAUAAAAUGGCAAGAUUUCAA